GCAAAUAAAGGGGAACGCUCAGGCUGCGGCGGGGCCGGCGGUGGGCGAGCAGCGAGGCCUCGGCCUCUGUGACUGGCGGCCCAGCGCGGCCUCGGUCCGGAGAGGAUUCAAGAUGACCAACGAAGAACCUCUCCCCAAAAAGGUUCGACUGAGUGAGACAGACUUCAAAGUUAUGGCACGAGAUGAGUUAAUUUUAAGAUGGAAACAAUAUGAAGCAUAUGUACAAGCUUUGGAGGGCAAGUACACAGAUCUUAACUCCAAUGACGUAACUGGCUUAAGGGAGUCUGAAGAAAAGCUAAAGCAACAACAGCAGGAGUCUGCGCGGAGGGAAAACAUCCUUGUAAUGAGACUAGCAACCAAGGAACAAGAGAUGCAAGAGUGUACGACUCAAAUCCAGUACCUCAAGCAAGUCCAGCAGCCGAGCGUUGCCCAACUGAGAUCAACAAUGGUAGACCCAGCGAUCAACUUGUUUUUCCUAAAAAUGAAAGGUGAACUGGAACAGACUAAAGACAAACUGGAACAAGCCCCAAAUGAACUGAGUGCCUGGAAGUUUACGCCUGAUAGAGGCCUGAUGCCGUCGGACUAUUCCGAAGAAGUGGCCACCUCCGAAAAAGUCCCCUUCUAGAACAUGUAGAAACUUGAGAAAUGUUUCUGUUUGAAGAAAAUAGAGGGAGAAACAGAAGUCUUAAGUCUGGGGCACAGUGUGUCUUCAGACAAUUUGGAGGAAUGAAAACCUAGAGAUUUUAAAUCAUGAAUUGAACAUGUAAAAUUCCAGUAAAAUGUAAAACAGAAUAUGCAUCGCUCUUAACCUUGAGCAUAGUGACUUAGAGACACUGUAUAUCAGUUUUGCCUAUAAGACUGUGGACUUCACGAUUGUUGUUGAACUUCUGGGUCAAAACUCAAAUGAGGUGAAUUUUACCUUUAAAGAGUUCAUUUGCUAAGAAACAACUUUUACUAGUCAUGAGAGAAAUAAUAGAUGUCAGUACAAAUAGUGCAUAUACUUUAACCAUUUAGUUUGGGGCUCUAUAUUACUUGAUUGAGCCUUACAUCAAUGUGGUUUUAAUCAAUGGUUUUGUUCUUUGAAUGGUUGCAAAAACUGUAGAUAAUCUUUAUCGAGGACUGUACAAACGUGAAGGUGUGGUCUCAAAUUCAGGUUUAAACUGUUUCAAGCAUUAUAAACAAACAUUCAUUUCAUAACUAGAUUGUAUAUUGGCUGUGAUGAGAUUCACUGCGUUAUUUUUUCCAGUAGCAAACUUUAUGAAAUACCCAUUCCAUUGGACAGGCACAUGUUAAAAGAGCAUUGUCUUUUGGUGUUAAUGGGGGAAUGUGUUCCUUCAUUGUAUUUGAGCCUUUUGUAUUGCACUCUUGAUAUUAAAUUAAAUGUGCCUUGAAAAAAAAAAAAA